GGAAGGCCGAAUCCGCGUCCCUGCUGUACUCCGCCUCGGAUGCUAGCGGGAGGGCGGAGCCCGGAAGGGGAGGAAGUAAAGAUGCGGGCUGGGCGGGCGCCGAAAUAGAAAGUGGCCGUUGAGCCGCCGUAGUGACUUAGCUCUGUUUUCGGUUGGGGGUCCCGAUGGCGGUCCCGGGCGUGCAGCAGCUUUCCCUAGCCAAGGACGGGAUCCGGGCGCCGCCGCGAAGCCGGGCUGUUUUAUGUCCCGGGCCUUCGGGACGCCGCCAUCCUCCCGUCUUAACCAAACCCUCGCCGGUCUUUGCCCGCGUCCAGGAAUCACGGACGUCCCAAAACCCGGCACCGACCCGAAAGUCUCGAUGUGCCCCGUGGGUGGAACAAAGCUCUGAGAAGAAUCGGGCCCUGCUGGCGGUGCUGGCAGAGAGGAAUGAGGCGGUGGUGCCUGUCGGGGCUUGGGUGGAGUGUGCCUCACCGGGUAGUGAGGAAGCCCCGGCGUCCGUUUCAGCGUCUCAUUUAGAAGAAGAAUUAAAGGAACAACAACGAUUAAAAGAAGAAUCUCUGAAACGGUUUCAGGAACAGGUGAAAAACAGAGUAAAUCAGCAGAUGAGGCUAAGAAAAAAGCAGCAGCUUCAGAAGUCCUGUGAAGCAGCAGAAAAAGAAAGCACCAUAGCCAUGCAGUCUAAUGAUUCAGCUUCACACUUAACCCCUAAAAGUAGCAAAAGCAUUUAUCAGAACAGUAUGAAAAGUGUCAUCCGAAGUACUGGUUCCAGCUUGCUACCUACUCAGAUUCCUGGUGAUAUUGAAGAGGAAGCAAAAAAUGAAAAUGGAACAUUCCAACAACAGACACUGGCUCUUAGCCAAACUGUGAAGCAAGCCCGUAAACAACUGGCAUCUCGAAAAACUACUGAUGGAGAGAAACCAUUAGGACUUUCAGAAGAUAGCACAGACAUCAAUCCAACCCAAGAGAAAACAUAUUUUGGACAACGAUCAUCUGUUAAUGAAGAUGUGAAGGGUAUGGAAAAGCCCCUUCCUAACCAUCUUCCAGGCAAAAUACAAGACAAGGAAACUAAAGAAGUUCAUGGUAAUCCCCAAUCAGGAUUAAGAAGUGAAUUACAAUAUUUACCAACAUUUGAAUGUGGAAUAGACCAAGAAGAAGAUAAGAAAGAGCGUCAAAAGCAGUACUUAAGAUACAGACGACUUUUCAUGGAUAUCGAGAGGGAACAAGUAAAAGAACUAGAGAAACAAAGAGAACUUAGGAAGAAAAUUGAAAGAAUUAAGAAAUGGAAAGAGCAGCAGCGUUGCAUUGAAGAGCAAAGGAUUUUGAGAAUGACAUAUCAGGAAGACUUGUAUUCCGAGAAAAAGACAUGUGAAAUAUUAACUGAUUUAGAAUUGGAAGAUAAGAGAGGAGUAGCUAAUAAAAAGCAGCAGAGGAGCAGAGAAUGUAUCAGAUAUAUAGAAGCUUUAAGAGCCCAGAUACAAGAGAAGAUGCGACUGCAUAAUAUUGAUUUGCCUCCAUUAUGCUGCUGUGGUUCUGAUUUCUGGGAUGCUCAUCCUGAUACCUGUGCCAAUAAUUGUAUCUUCUAUAAAAACAAUCAAGCAUAUACUCAAGCACUACAUUCUGUCAUCUCAUCUUGUGAGAUUUCUGAAAGUAACUCAUCGAUGCGACUCGCUAUUCACAGUUUUGCAUCUGCACGCAGAAGGAAUUGGAAGAUUCUGUAGCAGUAAGAUUCUGGCAUCAGUCUACACUCUAGAUCAAUUCUUCAGCGGGUAUUUGGAUUCAACUUAUCAGGUGUAUGAUUCUAGGGAGUAGGAUUGCAACAUAGAUAUCUUUAUACUCUCUCAGAAGUUAGUCCUUGAUGGAUGGAUUACACCAUGCCUUAUGGAAAGAAUACAGAUUGGAGUCUAAACCUAGUUUCUCUUACAUGUAAAUCACACAAGUGCAAUUGUAUUAAAAGGUCAGCAGUCAGGCUUGAGACAGACAGUACCUGACUGCUCUGCUGCUGAUGAAGAAGAAAUAUUUGUGAAAAUUUCUCUUUUAGAGAUUCUCAGUCAUCAUCUGUUCUGAAUUUAUUUUAUUCUUCUGACCAAAGAUAAAAAUAUUUGGAUAGAUCAUGUGUUCAAAUGAAUUUCCAAGUAUCAUCAAUUAUCUUUAUUGUUUUCUAGUUAUACAUCAGAAUCUGAGAUGGGAACUUUGGAUUUUGAAACACAUUAUCAUCUUAAAUAUUUAUAUCUUCUACAUCACCAAAAAACCUAACCGAAAACAUGGCUUCUUCUCCAAUUCCAUGACUUGGAGGCAGAGAUUUUAUUUGCAGUUUUUUCUUUAGAAGGCUUGAGGAAAAGUAAAUAGUUUCUAUGAAUAUUGAGAAUCCUUAUAUGAAAGAAAUAAUACUUUGGAAGGUGAAACUAAACUUGAAAUUAAUCAAGUAUUUUCUGAUAUCCCCUUUUUUAAUCAGUGAAUAAAAUAUUAGUUUUCCUGCUGAGCAGAUAAAAACAAAAACAAAAAAAUCUCUCUCUGAUAUGAGCUUGGUUUGUCAUGGCAGCUUCCUAAACUUUUUUUUUCUGAUAGGUAACUUAACCAGUCAGUUGCUAGUCAGUACUUAAUGAUAAAACAUUUAAAUUGGGAUUUGAUAGAUGCCAAAACAGAUCCUAGUGGGUGGCAGAAAAAAAAUUUAUCAAAUUAUUUUUUGAUUAGACCAUUUUGACCAUUUUAAACCAAAUUAAUUAUUUGUCAAAAUGCUUGAAAGCUAUAUGUUCAUAGCUCCAACCUCAAAGAAUUCUCUUGACCUUUGUUUCAGCAAAUGUUUAUUAAGCACCUUAUCUGUGCAAGCACUGAUUUUUGAGAUGCUCUAACAAUAUCCUUUCAUCUUAACUCAAAUAUCUGAACUACAUGGUGUAGAAAAUCUCUUGCUGUUCUAAAAGUCUGUACUGGUGUGGUCUUAUGAUUUGCUUGUGGUCACUUGUUGAAUUGGUAGUAGGACCAAAGUAGAGUUAAUCUUUACCUAGGCCUAGUGAAUUCUGUUUCCCCAACUAAGGCUUCUCACCAUUCUAGGUUCAGCAUAAAUUCAUCCUUAGCUGAUGUGUCAGCACCAUGAUCAUGAUUUUCCAUAAUCAGUUUUGCUUUUAUGGAACUGGAGAAUUACUGAGAACGCAACUGCCCUCCUAAAAGAAACCUAGAUCAUCCCCAAUGGGAAGUCUUAAAUAUAAGCUUAAGGAAAUGAGAACUUUGAAGAUCAGUUCCACAAACUUCCCCAGAUUAAUGCAGAUUAUAAUUUCUUUAACUUUAUCACAAGAAAAAUUCAGAAAAUUGAGUUGGUAAAUUUUCAAGGAAAUUUUUUUGUUUUGGAAAAAAACUAAUAUUGGGUUUGUUGUGAAAAUUGUAGUAAAUGCUGUCAUUUCAAUUGGAAAUCUAAUUUAAUUUUUCUACUAAAAUUCUAAAAUUUCCUUAUUUUGUCUUUGAUAUAUUUGGUCACCUGCAACUUUGAAAGAGUGUUUGCGGGCCUAUUCAUUAAGUUCAGUACACUAAACUCUUGAAAUUUCUAGAGAUGAUUUGUUGGGUUUUCUAUUCUUUUUAAACAGAAGGAAUUUAUUGUAGACUAAGUUCUACCUGUUGGAAGUAAAAAAAAAAAAUCACAGUUCAAAUUCUAGUUUGCUACUGACUGACAAGUGACCUUUCUGAACCUUAGUUACUUUAUCUGUAAAAUGAGGAAGCUGGACUAGGUGACCUCUAGCAUUGUUUUACUUCGGACAGAAAGAAGGUUCUCACAAUUCCUAGCUGCUUCUCUCUUUCUUUCUAAGAACAAGAUCCUGCUUUUCAGUUUCCCAGAUGUAUUAGAUGGAUAAUUUAUUUUGUGUACCUUGCUAUUUUCUUCAAUAAUUCUAAGAUUUUAUAAAUAAAGGUGGUUUUAUACUUUUUAA